CAAUAUGAUCAUUUAGACACGGCCGUACCCACCGAAAAAUUUAAGGUUAUAAAUAUAAAAAAUAUAUAACCUUCUAUUUGAAUGACUUCCAAACCAUGAAUGAUAACAUAAAAGAACUUUACACGGCCGCAGAAGCCGUUCUAACAAAAACUGCCGAUGUCUCAUUUCUUAAAGAGAAGGUUGAAGGCUACGAAUGGAAUAACGGAAUUGACUACCACAAACUAUUGAAAACCUACAAAAAUUCAGGCUUUCAAGCCACCAACUUCGGUUUAGCGAUAGAAGAAAUAAACAAAAUGAUCUCGUGUAGACAACGUCCCUUACCCGAAACAAAAUAUGAAGACCACGAUGAUCCUUUUAUUUCCGUUAAGACAAGCUGUACCAUCUUCUUAGGAUUCACGUCGAAUAUUGUUUCUAGCGGACUGCGUGAGACGAUUCGUUUCCUUGUGCAGCAUAAAAUGGUAGAUUGCAUUGUCACAACGGCAGGUGGGAUCGAGGAAGAUUUUAUAAAAUGUCUGGCUCCCACGUACUUGGGCGACUUUCAACUGGAUGGGAAAACACUUCGCGAACAGGCAAUUAAUCGAAUAGGAAAUUUGUUAGUACCUAAUGAUAACUAUUGCAAAUUUGAAGAUUGGUUAAUGCCGAUAUUAGAUGAAUUGCUGUCGGAACAAAAAGAUAAAGGUACAGUGUGGACUCCAAGUAAAAUAAUAACAAGGCUAGGCGAAAAGAUUAAUAAUGAGGAAAGUAUUUAUUAUUGGGCGGCCAAGAAUCAAAUUCCUGUAUUUAGUCCUGCUUUAACCGAUGGCAGUUUAGGAGACAUGAUGUUCUUCCAUUCCUUUAGGCAUCCCGGUCUCGUUAUCGAUAUCUUGUCAGACUUGAAGAGAUUAAACAUGAUGGCCAUUAGAGCAGUAAAUACAGGUGUCAUAAUAGUUGGGGGAGGAGUCAUAAAGCAUCACAUUUGCAAUGCUAAUUUAAUGAGAAAUGGAGCAGAAUAUGCAGUAUUUCUGAACACGUCCUCUGAAUUUGAUGGUAGCGAUGCUGGUGCAAGACCUGAUGAAGCAAUAUCUUGGGGGAAAAUUAAAAAAGAUGCCACACCAGUCAAAAUUUACGCAGAAGCUAGCUUAAUAUUCCCCUUAUUAGUGGGCGAAACGUUUGCUAGAUAUCAUUUUUGCAAAUAAAUAAGGGUUUUAUGAUUA